GGAAUCCAACCGCCUAGCGAUGCGCUCUUCUCUGUCUUGAAGCGGCUGCCGUUGAUCGACGUUAUCCGGGCAAAACUCGUCUCUCAUGACUGGAAGUCUGAGGCAGACGCCGUCCUCUCUUUCAAAUCCCAUUCGCGCUUCGUCAAAUCCCCAUGGCUUCUGCUUCCUCCAAAACGACAUGGAGAAGGUGGCUACACCAGUUAUUCAAACCGCGCCGGCAGUGAUUCUUAUCGCAUCAUGAAUCUGGAAGAAAACAUGGUUUACGAUCUGAAGGAGUCAACAUCGCACCUGAUUUCUGAGUUUGCCUGCAUUGGAUCCUCACACGGGUGGCUGAUUUUGUCCGACCACACAACUUUAUCUCCCUUCCUCUUCAACCCUUUCACCGAGGCCCGGAUACAACUUCCUUCAUUAAAACCUCUGAUCGACAUCUCCGAAAUUGAGGAUAGAGGCCUCUGUAAAAUUGUCUGGAAGGGAAAACGGAUGCUCCGGUCCAACGUAGGGCUACGCCGAUGUUUUGUAUCAAGAGUCUUUUUGACAGCAGAACCUACCGGAGGAGAUUAUGCCAUGGUUUUGUUAUGCGACUUUCCAUUUCAAGUUCUUCUUUAUUAUAAGAAUGGAGACAUUUCGUGGACACCAUUCUAUGAUUCAGGAUUUCCGCCCCGUAAUGUAGUGGAGGAUAUUAUGUGCUAUGAAAACAAGCUCCAUGCCCUGACUAUUCAUGGUGCUAUUUAUACUUGGGAUUUAGGGAGUGGUUAUCCAGAAAAUAAAAUCUACAAUGGAUAUGCUGCCCCCAACGGCACAUUUCAGAGACAAGAUUGUUUGAUGUAUGGGGUUUAUCUGGUUCAAUCAGAUGGGGAGAUUCUGCUUGUUGCAAGGAAUGUGCCAGAGGAGGGGGACUAUGAUAUCACUACUGAGAUAUUUGAUGUAUAUAAGCUGGAUUUGGAAGGGCGAAAAUGGGUAGAAGUGGAAACUCUUGGGGAUAAUCGGUCAUUGUUUUUAGGUCAAAAUCAAUCCGUAUCAGUGUCAACAGAAGAUUUCAGUAGAUGCAAGGGGAACUGUAUUUACCUCACCCAUCAUAAUCAUUUUUCAAAUCCGCCUGAAGGUAGUGAAAUGGGCAUGGGCAUCUACAGCUUGGAGGAUAGAAGAAUUUCACCAAUUUUUGAGUUUCCUUCAAAGCCACUCUCGGUGUUCAGCCCGAUACCAUGUUUUGUCAUUCCAAGUUCCUGCUAAUUCAUGGAGAAGUAGCAGUGUUAAUUUUUUGAAUCUAAAUUAUGCUCUUUUUUAAAUGGAUAUUCAAACUGAUUAUUGUUCUGUACUUUUGUUAAGGAGACAUCAUUUCUUGCUCUUGUUCAUGGUGCUCUUGUAUGCACAAGAGACGUCAUAAGCAUUGCUUCAGCACUUUGUGGUUUAUGUAUUUUGAUUAUCAGUUCACGUUUGUCUUAUAGACUCUGGUUAAUUUGUGGUCAU